GUAAACCCGAACAGUAUUGUUAACUAAUAAACUUUAUUUGUGUAACAAUCAAAUCUUGUUAUUUAGUUAACCCAGCAUUAAGGUUUUGAGCUGUCUGAACGUUUCGUUAUGUUUUAAUUUGAAAUUAGUACACUUUUUUGAGUAAUGAUUGUCAAUAACAUUAUAAUUUAUGAGUAUACGACGUUACGCAUUUCCUGACGUCACCAACCACGACUGGUGUCCCAGAUUCACUCUUCACGGUGCUUGAAGAUGGCGGCGCGUUAGCGGGCGAGAGCCGAAAUAAGUUCUCGAGCUAAACGGGAUUGUGUGCCAACAGUUUCCUUCAGUGUCAUCUAAGAUCUUGUGAAGGAAGAUCUACCGGUGAAGGAUAUUUUGACGAGCUGGCCAGCCCUACGAAUGGAGUCACAGGUGUUUGCGGAAUUCCACCGCAUAACCAACGUGAAUUUGAGGAACCAGUUCUACUCGGAAUUGGACCGUUGCACACCACGACUGAUCGCCUUGUUGAGGCAGAAGGCACUACACACCGGCAAGAUGGCAUUGGCGCUACGCAAGCUACUUGAGACUUAUGAUCGCCAGGAGGAAAAUGAUGUCAACACAAGACGCACUUUGUUCCUUCGUGCACUUCCUAUUUACCUGCGUGAGGAUGCCUCAGAGUUCUUCAAGACUUACAAUCAUGAAGAAGAGCCAGACAUCGCCGACACUCCUGUCGCCCUUUUCACCACUGGUGAAAACUACUUCAGCUCUGAAAGCUUCUUCCUUGUAGUUGAGGGAGAAGUUGUUGUGAGGGAUCUUCCCAGGUUGCCUGAUGCAUUCAUUGUGUCCUUUGGCUUGAUCUAUGCUUUUAAUUUACAAUACCCAAAGAAACUCAUCCACAUGUUCACAUUUGUCCAGAAAGUACUGAUGUUGCUGGAUGAUGGAAAACCACUAAAGCCAUGUGUGCUCAAUCUGAAAAAUGAGUUGUUGAAAAACUGAACCAACCAACCAUUUUAAUUGCUGUUUUUUUUUUUUUUCAAUUAUUAUUAUUAUUAUAUAUAUUUUUACAGGGACAUAUUUAAUUAUAGAAGUGGACCCGUCAUGAUAACAAUUUUUUACUGGACAAUAUAUCACCCCAAAAAUGAUUGAUAAACAAUAUUAGGGUCAUUAUAUAAGUUGCAGAAAAUUAUGUUGAUGUUGUAGUAAUAAUAAUAAUAAUAAUAUUAAUAAUAACUAAUACUACUACUAAUAAAAAAAACUUGAAGUUGAUAUAUGGGUUGAUUGGCAGUAACAGUAACUUCUUGCUAAGAAAAGUAUAACGGGUGUUAAGGAGUUUAGAAAAAUAAUUGAGGCAUUAUUGAACAGUAAAUCAAUAAUGUUAUUGUGACGGGAUAUUUAAACUCUUAACAAUUAUAGCCUUUAUAAUGGCAGCCCUUUUUUUUCUUCUCUCUGAAUUGUGUAAUUUCCUUUAAUUUAGACAGCUUGUUUGUGUUAUACCUUUGGAUUGGUAGCCUGUAAGUGUGGUUUCUAUUGGAAUUGGGACUUGUAUGGCAGCCUUUUGAAAUGGUAGCCUGUGCUAUAAUGUUAUAAUUGCCUUUGUAAUGGCAGUCUGUUUUAUAAUGUCAUAUUUGCCUUUGACAUGCCAGCCUGUGCUAUGUUAUAUUGCCUUUAAAAUGGCAGCCUGUUGUAUGUUACAUUGCCUUUGAAAUGUUGUUGAAGGACUGAACCAAGCAACCAUUCUGAUUGCUUAAAUGCUUUUUUCCCCCCAUUAUUGUUAUUAUAUAUAUAUAUAUUUUACAAUUAAAUAUUUAAUUAUAGAAGUGGACCCGUCAUUAUGACAUUUUUUUUACUGGACAAUAAGAAAAUUAUCUUAAUAUUAUAGUAAUAAUAAUAAUAAUAACUAAUACUAUUGCUACUAAUAAUAAUAAUAAUACUUAAAGUUGAUAUAUGGGUUGAUUGGCAGUAACAGUAACUUCUUGCUUACAAAAGUAUAAUGGGUGUUAUGCAGUUUAGAAAAACAAUUGAGGCAUUAUUGAACAGUAAUUCAAAGUUAUUGUGACGGGAUAUUUCAACUCUAACAAUUAUUGCCUUUAUAAUGGCAGCCUUUUUUUUUCUUCUCUCUAAAUUGUGUAAUUUUCUUUAAUAUAGGCAGCUUGUUUGUGUUAUACCUUUGAAAUGGCAGCCUGUUGUAUGUAAUAUUGCCUUUGAAAUGGCUUUUUUGUUAUUGCCAUCAGUAGGCAGUCUGUUUAAAUUGUACAGCCGUUGAAAUGGCAGAGUUUUAUAGUUUUAAUAAAUAACUUAUUUUGAAA